AUGAAAGUAUCGAAUGACUUUACUAUUACAAAUCGGAAUGAUCUUCAAGACGCUAAUGAUUUCUGUGACCAAUUCUUGUAUCAUACUUACGACCUUCAAAACUUCCGAUAUUUUGGCGUUCUUCAAAAUGUUCACAAUUUCGAAUAUAAUCAAGACAAUCAAAUUUCUAACAACUCACAAGAUACUUACAAUAAUUCAUAUAUCCAAUUUUUUCAAAAUCCUUAUUGUUAUCUUGACAAUUAUGAAGUUCCAGAAGCAUGUGACCAGCUUCAAAGCAUCCACUAUUCUGUCUUCGGCAACGUUCAAUCUACAUAUAUUCAAGACCACAAUCUGCAAAACACCUAUGAUACUUCUAAUGCCCAAUUUUUUCAUAAUGGCUUUGAUACUUACCAGGAGCAAGAUAUUCAAGAAUCACGUGACUAUUUUUAG